GGGGCGGGGCCAGGCCCCCAGACGGCUGGCGGGAGGCGCGGAGCAGGUGGAGGGCUGGGGCCGGGGGCCGCAGCACCGUCUCCCUCCGCCUCCUCCCUGCCUGCCCCCCAUGCCUCUGCUGGGGCGCCCUCUUGAGUACCCUCCCCUCCCCGUCCGUUUGGGAUUUGGGGGCUGAGCUUCUCGGGGGUCCCAGGGCCGAUGCAGUGCCGGCCCCUCCGCUGCCUGGCCGGAGCCCUCCUCACGCUCAUUUGCACGGGGCUCCUGUCCCUGCGGUACCUCUCGAGCCCGUCCCCACGGAGGGUGCGGGGGACCCCGGAACUGAGCCAGCCAAGCCCUGGGCCUCCUGAGCUGCAGCUGCACGAUGUCUUCAUCGCAGUAAAGACCACCCGGGCCUUCCACCACUCGCGCCUGGAGCUGCUGCUCGACACGUGGGUCUCCAGGACCAGGGAGCAGACCUUCUUCUUCACCGACAGCCCAGAUGAAGGCCUCCAGAAGAGACUGGGGCCCCACUUCGUGGUCACCAACUGCUCUGCAGAGCACAGCCACCCAGCCCUGUCCUGCAAGAUGGCUGCCGAGUUCGACACCUUUCUGGCCAGUGGGCUGAAGUGGUUCUGCCACAUGGACGACGACAACUACAUGAACCCGCGGGCCCUGCUGAGGCUGCUGGCCUCCUUCCCGGCCACCUGCGACGUCUACGUGGGCAGGCCCAGCCUGAACCGGCCCAUCCACGCCUCGGAGCCGCAGCCACGCAACCGCACGAGGCUGGUCCAGUUCUGGUUUGCUACCGGGGGCGCCGGCUUCUGCAUCAACCGCAAACUGGCUUUGAAGAUGGUCCCAUGGGCCAGGUCACCCUCAGCUACGGAGUCUUUGAGGGGAAACUCAACGUCAUUAAGCUGCAGGGUCCCUUCUCCCCUGAAGAGGACCCCUCCAGGUUUCGUUCUCUCCAUUGUCUCCUCUACCCAGACACGCCCUGGUGUCCACAGCUGGUGGCCCGAUGAGCCCUGAACUGCUGGGCAAAGGUUGGGCCAAGACCUCUGGUUGUCCCUCCACCUCUCCAGACCAUCCUGAGGCCCUGGCACGUGCUCUGUGCCAGGCAGUCCCUGGCAGGCCGUCCAGGAUCUGGGUGGAAGCUGGCACUAAAGGCAUCCCAAGCCCCAGGGAGAGGGGUUGGGCAGCUCAGGGACUGACUAGGUAGACCAUGUGAGGGCCAGAGAGGCCCCAGGGUCUGGGCUCCCACAGGCCUUGAGUGGCUGAACAGGACAAAGGUACUUGAGCUGGGCUGGGGCCCAGAGGUCCUAACCUUACAGAGAAUGAAAUGGACCCUUGCAUGGGGCCUGGCCCCCACCGCAGGCCCUGGUCUCUCAGUCAUUUCCCUGCAGUUUAGGUCCUGGGCCACCCGCCCCUGGCUCCCUUGGCCAGAUCCCUGACCACUGAAGGGAACUAGGUGGAAUAAAGGCAAAAUAUAGUGUCUGCAGCAGAUACUGUUGUUACUGACCCAGUAUCCUGCUCCCUGCCUCUUUCCCCACACAACCCUUGCUAACAGAACUCAAUUUUUUCUGGAAACUCAGCAUGCCCAGACCCAGAUGAUAUGGAUUAUAACAGGUCCUGGGCAAUUGUGUUGAUCCUUUUGCUCACUUUCCCAGCUUCCUUUGCUGUUAAGGGCUACCAUGUGACCCAGCUCUGGUCAGUGUGAACUAAGCAAAGUCAACAGAGAGGCUUCUGGAGAAGUUUUGUAGCCUCAUACCCCAUCUUUCUGCUUUGAAUGUGGAUGCAAUGGCUGGAUCUGAGGCAGCCACAUUGUCCCCGUGAAGGAAAGGCCAAGACAAUCAUUCACAGCUGUCCCUUCCAGUUUCUGGUUCUGUAAGAAAAUUAAACCCUUAUUCAUUUAA